UUCAUAUGCAAUGUAAUUGUUUUACAUUUACGCACCAAAAUACGAGUUAUUAUUGUUUCUGAAAAUCAUCUAAAUGAAAGCUAUGAUUUGUUUAAGUAUAAGUGUAUGAUUACGUACUAUUAUUCAUCAAAGUAAAUUUUCCAGUGUGUCUUUUUUAUUUUUUGAGUAUUUAAUAUGUAUGGUGACAUUAAAAACUAAAAUACUCUGCAUAUCAGAAAUUAAAUUUAUAGUUGUAAGCUAAGAAAUUAUCUAUUUAAUCAAUCAAGUGACUGUAGAAAUGGAAAAUGAUGGUAGAAAUAUAAGCUGUUCAAAUAAUUUGCUAGCAGACAUAAAAAAAGUAAAAUUUUCAUCAGAAGAAAAUAAUCAAAGAACCAAAGAAAAUAAAAGUGAGAGUCUAAGCAGUUUGAAUGUUUUGAACAGUAAACCACUUUCAUCAGUUGAAAAUGACCAUAUAAGAAAUAUUUCUGAAAAAGAUGGUGAUGAUAUAAAUGAGUCAAUAAAUCUAUCAUUAUAUGAAAACUGUGAGCAACUCUCUUCUUUAGAAGAUAAUUCUGUCAAUGUUUUACAGAACACAGAAGGAACUAUUUCAGAAGAAAAAAUUGACAAUUUGAGUGAGUCUGAAAAUGUUUCUUCAACUAAUGAUGAUAAACAAUCACAAUUACCUAUCAAAAACAAUUAUCUUAAGAAUAAAAACAAAGUAGAUGAGAUAAGCAGAGAGACUCAGCGGCUAAUUGCUGGUAAUGGUCAUGUAAGACUUCCAUAUCAUAAACCUAAACAAAAAUCAUUGAGCGAUUUUUUAGAUAGGAAAAAACAUCUUUUGGCUAACGCCUCAGUUACAGGAUCACGAAAAAAACUUCAACGUGCAUGGGAAAUGAUUGAAUGUAAAGAACUUAAUGUGCAUAAGUUCUAUAAUAAUGAUGAUGUGGCUGAUAAUAGAAAUAAUAUAGAUGACUAUGACACUGAAAUAAUUGAUGGAAAUUUGACACUAAAAAAAUCUGAUCUUGGUAGUCAAUCUGUAAAUGAAAAAUUUUUAAACAAAUUCACUGAAUCUAAGUGUUUUAAACUGGCUGGUGGAGUUAAUCUAGUCAAUCUAUCACAAUCAGUAAAAUUUAAAAGCUUAACCAGUUGUGAUGGUGAUGAUGGUCUCUUAAUAAUUAAAGAUAGUCAUGAAACCGAGGUAAAAAAGCAAAAAUUUAAGAAAAAUCUUUCAUCUCAUUCCCAAGCUAGGUCACAUGUUUUGAAGCAUGAUUUGUGGAAGCGGGUAAGAGCUGCUCGUGAAUCUAAUUUACAAGAUUGUCCUAGUAGUGAUGAAGAUGAAGAAGAGUUUUUGCUAAAUGACAAAAAGAAACAAGAUUUUGAAGAAAAUGCAAUUGUAGAUGAAGAUGAAGAAUUAUAUGGUGAUGAUGAACAAGAGGAAGAAAGUGAAAAUGAUGAUGAUGAUGACAAUAUGAGCGAAAUAGAUGAGAGUAAACAUGAAAAAAAAAUUAGAAAAAAUAAAUUUAUAAAUUUAGAAUGUGAAGUUGAAGAUGACAUAAAUGAAUCUGAAUCAGAAGAAAGUAAUUGUGACAUGAAUGAUCAAAGUAACAAUUCAGAAUUAGACAAUAGUAUGAGCAACAGUGAUAGCAGUGUAGGAAUUAAAACUGGAGUUUUAAAUUUAUUGUCAUCAGAUUCUGAAACAGUUAAUGACAAUUACAAAAACAGAAAAAAAAAGUGGAACGCUGUACUAUCAGAUAGUGAUAGUGAUGAUAAUAAUACAAUAGCUAAUGAUGUUGACUUAAAAGUUUCAAACUUACCUUUUGUUGACACUGAUGUAGCAUCAACUCAACAAUUAUUAGAAAUGUGCUCAGGCAGUGAAUUUUGUACUCAGGAAUCUUUACAGGAAAAUGAUGAUGAUUCUUCAGAUGGAUUUGAUUCAGAUGUACCUUUAGACAAUGAAGCUGAACAAGAAGAUAGUAAUAUUAUUAAGGAAGAUAGUGAUAUUGAUGAUCAAGUUAUUCAAGAAAAAUCUGAAGCAAUAACAGAUUUUUUUGAUGUUGAAGCUGAGUUAUCUGAUGAUGAGGAAGGAGGAUGGAAACAGGAGGAUGAUGAAGAUGAAGUUGAGGACGAAGCAAACGAAGAAGACUUAAAAAUGAUUGUUGAUGAUAAUGGUGAAGAUGAUGCAUUAGUUCGUGAUUCUCUUGGGAAAAUCUAUAUGCGUCAAAUGCUGGACGAUGAUCAGCGUCAGAUAUCUGAACUUCAAGAAAUGCUCCUUGAAGAUGGUAAUUUACAUAAUGACUUGGGUCGAAAAAGAAAAUUUCAAUGGGAAGAUACUGGAGAUGAUCUUAGUUUAUAUAAGAAACCACUAUUUUCUUCAUCUGAAGGAGAAGACAAUGAUGAUGAUGAUGAUGAUGAUAAUCAAAAUGGUGGAGAUAUUAAUGAAGCAGUCUGGAGAAAAGAGAGGCAUAUUCGUGACUCUUAUUUGGCAGCCGAGGAUGAAGAUGAUGAAAAACAAGAAGAUGUUACGUUGGAAAAUAUUUCUUUUAUAAAUGCUAAAAAGACUGAAAUAGCCAAUGAGGCAGUUGUAAAAGGAUCAUUUAUGAUGAAGAAAGGAAGUCGUACUAGAGCUGCUGCAACCCUUAUGUUGGUAGAUAGUAAAAAAAAAAUAUUAGGAAAAAACGAUAAUGGUGAUAAUAAUUCAAUAAAAUCAUUAACUACAAUAACCGCUAAAGCUUCAAUUACUAAUCCAUUUUCAUAUCUUCUUGGAAAUACAAGUUCAUCAAAUACUGUUUCAUCUGUUGUUGAAUCAAAAUUAUCAACUAAGAUUGUAAAUGAAGUAUCAUUAUCUAAAAUAAAUAAUGAAGUUCGCAAAAAAAAGUGUAGCAGUAUUCUUAAAGCUUUUUUGCCAUUAGAAUAAUAACACAAUGAAACUCGUAUACUUAGAUUACUAAGAUCUUUGUUAAUUGAAAUUCUUAAAUUAUUCUGCCAAAUUUUAUUUAAGGACUUUUGUUGUACUUUUAAUAUUUAUAUUUUAUCUAAAGAAUGUAUAUUUUGUAAUUAUUUCAAAAAAUAUUGUUCGUCUUUUA